AUGGCGGAGAACGUGGCAGAACCGAGCCAACCAGCGACCAGGACGGGCCCCUUGACCACGCAGCAGCUUGUGGCGCUCUUCGUGGACGGAGGAGUGGACGGCAUGACGCUCGUCUGGAGCCAGGAGCUGGACGGAUGGAAGCCCAUCGGUGAGGUGCCGUCGCUGAAGGAGUUUUUGCAGGAAGCCAAUGACGACAUGGAUCGGGAGGCGGAGCUGCAAGAGCAGACCACGGAGGUUCCUGCUGAGCAUCAAGUUUUUGAGAAAGAGGCUACGGAGGCGUUGGUCGCGGAGGAUGGCAAACAGUAUGUGUUUGACGCUGAGUCGAAGACGUACGUGACGCCCGAGGACAAGAUUGAGGAAGAGCUGGCGUCGCUUCAGGAAGCUGCGAUGGCGGAAAGCGAGAAGACACAAGGAGAAGAUUCACCAGUUGGCAAAGAGAAUAGUGCGAUAAGUGAGAAUGGUGAUGAAAGUGCUGGCAAGAACGAAGUGCCGUCCGCGAGGCCGGCGGCAACGGAAGCGAAGCCUGCAGACCAGACAGAGGUAGAUGCAGACGCUGCUAAGAAGCGAAAGAAGAAGAAAAAGAAGAAGAGCGACAAGUGGAAGAAGAGCAAAGUGAAUACGUGGGUCUACGUAAACGGCCUGCCGCUAGACAUCACGGUGCAGGAAGUUCACGACCACUUUGCCAAGUGCGGCGUGAUCCAGUCCGAUAUUGCAACCGGCGAGCCUCGUAUCAAGAUGUACCAGAACAAGGAAAGCGGCGGACUCAACGGCGAUUGUUCAGUUUGCUACAUGAAGGAGGCCUCAGUAGAGCUCGCCGUUCAACUUCUUGACAAGUCACAGAUCCGACCAGAGUGGCCUAUCGAUGUAUCACCCGCUGAGUUUAAACAAAAAGGACAAGAUUUUGUGAAGCGGAAGAAACCAAAGAUUGACACCCGCGCCAAGAUCAAAAUGUUUGAAAAAGAAAAGGCAUUAUCUUGGAAUGAAGGCGAAGUCAGCGAGCCUGCUGGCUUGCGUAUUGUGGUGAUCAAGCACAUGUUUACCCCUGCGGAAAUCGAAGAUGAAGAGUAUGAAAAGGAAUUGCAGGAAGACAUCCACGACGAGUGCUCGAAGAUCGGAGAGGUUUCGAAAAUAACUCUGUUCGCUAAGCACGUGGAUGGCGUCGUUGUGAUCAAGUUCGCUUCAAGUGGCAGCGCUGCUCGGUGCGUAGAGGUCAUGAACGGACGAUUCUUCGCUGGUCGCAAGCUCGAGUGCGGAUUCUGGGACGGCACGGACUACACUCAUCGUGAAAGCAAGACGGAGGAGAAAGAACGCGCUGAGAAGUUCCAAGAGUGGCUGGAAGAGGGAUCUUCCUCGUCUGAGAGCGAAGCCGAGGAGGAAGAGAAAAAGACGGAAGAGAGCGCACAAGGUAGUACAGGCCAGGAAGUCCACGCUGGACGUGAGUUGCCUCCUCUUGGGGAGGACAGUGACGAUAGUGAUGUGGAAAGCAACGGUGAGGACGACGCCAGCUCCGUGGUGCCUGGUAACGAGGUGCAUGCUGGUCGAGUUAUGCCCGAUCUUGACGAUCUCGGUGAUGAGGAUGGGGACAAGUAA